AGAGAUGGCAGAGUUUGAGCUUCCAGUGGAGCAGGAUAGUGAAGAAACCUUGAAUAUUGCCGAUGCAGGAGCCCUGCCAGAAUUUAACAAAGAAAAUGUCCCCGAGCUCUUCUACGUGGACCCCGUUAGCACUCAAUUCCCACAAAAUCCAGAAAUUGCUGGGGCCUCUCUGGGGCUUCAGGGUUCCGUGACUUGCCAAGACUUGGCUGCCGCUGAGAGCCAACAUGCAGACCUGGAAGAUCUCGGCGAGCGUUUCCAGCAGUGCAUUGAAGCAGUGGAGCAGCUGGAGGAGGAGAGGGACUGGCUCAUUAAGGAACUCACACUCUUACGCCAGCCGGCUCUUGAGGAACUGCAACGGGCCCACGAAGAGGUUCUGGAAGCCUACAGGCUCCAUGCCAAAGUAGAGCUAGAGAAGGAUAACCUGUGGGAUGAGAUUCGGCAGGUGAAGCGGAAGCUAUUUAGGGUGACGCGGGAAUGCGUGGUGUGCCAGUAUCAGCUGGAAGCCAGGAGGUAUGAAGUCGCUCAAGACGUGGACUACCAAGGAGAGCUGGAAAACAGAGCCAGCCAGCUCUCAGAAGAGCUGACCCAGUUGAAAGAGACUUAUGAGGCAGAGAAGGAACACUUUAGGCAGAGGCUGAAGGCUCCACGCCACGAGGGGAGCAGCCGUCACCUCCAAGAGAGCCGGCGGCUUUCCAUGGAAUUUGAAAGUUUUGUCCUGGAGAACCGUCAGUGCUUGGAGGAGCAUUACGAACCGAAGCUGGUGCGCCUCCUGGAGAGGAGAGAAGCCAGCAGGAAGGCCUUGCAAACCACCCAGAGCGAAGUCCACAGGCUGAAGGAGACCCUGAGGCCGUUGCAGGGAGAAGUCAGCAAGUUGCUCCUGCAAAACAGGAACCUGGAGGAACAGAUUCUGCUGAUCAGGCAGAAACGCGACGAAGAGGUCCUGCAAUACAAGGAGCAAGUGGAGGAGAUGGAAAACAGGAUAUGGGAACUGAAGACUGGAGUUCAACUUCAGCAACGAAAGAACCAAGAAUUAGAAGAACUGAAAGCCAGUUUACAUCAAGAACUGUCCAUUUACAAAGGCUGCUUAGAAAUGUACGGGCAACUCUGCAAAUCGGAAGUGAAGCAAGAUGAAGACUGAAUCUACGCAUGGCCGUCUUUCCCUCUGCUUGCAAAUAGGGACUCCGUCCGACUGAUAGCAACUAAUAAGCAAGAUUUCUCGGAUGAGAGUUUGCAUUUUUACUGUGUCAAAAAGGAACACGUUUUUUGAGAUGUGGCCAUUAUGACAGAUCUGAUGUUAACAGAUAAGCAUUACUACAAUGGCAUGUCAAAACCUUUGUCAAUAUUUAAUUUUCUGUAUAAAACUUGCUUAUGAAUAAUGAAAUGAGCUUUUUGUAGACUUGCAAUGUAUGUUACUAAGAAACAAAUUCAA